AUGAACCACCCACGUCCAGAUCCCAAGGCCUUGAAGAGCAUUCCUCCACAGGUACUGGCGACAUUACCAGCUGGAGCACCGCCGCCGGGCGUCAUACCAAACUAUGAAAAUCCUACAACUCAAGUCCCAGUCAUCAUAGGAGUUGGGUCGGCAUUUCUCGUCCUAGCUUGUUUCUGCUUCUUCAUUCGUAUCUACACAAGACUCGCCAUAUCAAAGACAUGGAAAUGGGAUGAUCUGACGAUAACUUUGGGAUUUCUAUUCAGUCUUGUGUAUUUUGGAGCAGCUGUCAAUGGGUGCGUCAAUGGUAUCGCGGGCAGGCAUCAGUGGGAUGUCCAUCUUGACGGGCUCAUCGGAAAUGCCAACCUAUACCAAAGCUACCUCACCGUCAUCAUGGCGACACCGGCAUUAGGACUCAUCAAACUUAGCCUCUUCAUCCAGUAUUUUCUGCUAUUCAAAGUUAGGCGAUAUGUGAGGAUUAGUGUGUACGUCGGAGCCACGCUAUCAGGCCUUUUUUACGUGUCGACUUCGAUCACCUCGUUUGUGAUGAGCAGCCCGUGGCCCGGAGAGUCCAUCCUCGACUGUAUCCUGUCAUGGCACUAUCUGAAAUUUGCCGAUUUCUCCAUCCCUACCGGUAUAAUCGCAAAGAAACUCGGUAUCAUACUCGUGUUCAUGACUGGUGGCCUUGCUGUGGCCGCAUCAGCCGUGAAUCUCUACUACCGCACCCUGCUGCAAAAUGAUAUCACUGAUGCAUCUUGGAAAGUCGGAUACGUCUUGCUCUGGUCAAUGAUUGAGAUGUUUGCUGGAAUCACUGCUUCCAGUAUGCCUGCUGUCCGACAGUUCUUUUCUUCUCGCACUGGCAUCCUCUCCAAGAACUCAAGACCAUCUUUCACUCCCACCAUUUCAAGCAUCCACGGCCGAUUCAAGCGAUCUGGCCACGAGGAGCUCCUCAACAGGAAAGAUAUGGCUUUCAAACAAUGGGGCUAUCCGAUGAAGAGUGACGAGGAGAACAGCUUAACCAGGUCUGAAGAAGCCCGACAGAGCUUCAAGAUGAACAAUGGAUUUCCCCAGGCUCCGGCUCCAACAACAUGGAAGCCAGAACAGAACAAAAAAGCUUCUACCAAGAUGGACGGGAGAGCAGAGAAUAGUUACGGGUCUAUAGCCCCUCCGCAACCUCCUCCGGAGCCCAUCGAACGGCCACCCACUCCUCCUCCACCUCCGCCUGCUGACCAUGCCUUGCCUCCUCCGCCGCCGCCAGAAGUUCCGGCUCCUCCUCCGCCCCCAGAGUCCCUCGCACCGCCGCCUCCGCCCCCUCCAGAGCCAAAGAAAAAGAAAGGAUGGGGUGCGCAGAAAGCUACGACCCCUCUGAGUGUUGAGGAAUUGCUUCGGAAGAAAAAAGAAGCAGACGAGGCUGCUUCGAAGCCUAAAUUCCUUAGUAAAGCGCAAAGAGAGAAGAUUGCGUUGGAGAAACGAAUGAAAGAAGUCGAAAGUAGUCGUCGCGCAAAACUAUCCAUAAAUGGCAAUUCAAAACCAGAGUCGAGGACUCCAAACCAAGAAUCAAAUGGAUACUCUUCAUCUUCUACUCCCAGGCCUAGUGAAGCUGCUAGGGGCGGCAGCUCAAGGCAAAUUCCUACAGGACCUCGCGCGUUGAGACAACACGAAGCACCUACCGGACCAGCGUCCAUGCGAUCGUCAAAUCAACAAAAAGGGAACGAUACAACACAAAGCUCUGCCGCAUCCAAUUUAGCGAACAAGGGCGAGAAGCGAGCUCUACCAGAAGAAGCUCAGGCGCAAUUGAUCAGACAAAGGUAUAUGGGUGCAGACCAGAGAUCCAGCUUCUCAGCGAAGAAAAAGCGACGGCGGACCACGGAGAGGAAGUUUAAUUUUGAAUGGAAUGCAGAAGAGGAUACUAGUCCGGACUACAACCCACUAUAUCAAAAUCGCUCAGAGGCGAACUUUUUUGGCCGUGGUCGAUUAGCCGGCUUUGCCGAUGAAGUUGCGGACGACACCGUGAAAAGAUAUGCAAAGGCAUUGGAAGAUAGAGAUUCUGAGGCUGGUAGCGUUCGAGCAAGAGAGAUAUUGGAGAUGGAAAGACGACGGAAGGAAGAGAGCGGGAGGAAUGCCAUUGAUGCUCACUGGAGUGAGAAGAAAUUGGAACACAUGCGAGAACGAGAUUGGCGAAUUUUCAAGGAAGAUUUCAACAUAAGCACAAAAGGCGGCAGCAUGCCAAACCCCAUGCGUGCAUGGUCUGAAUCAAAUCUUCCCAAGCGUCUACUUGAUAUCAUUGACUCAGUUGGAUAUAAAGAUCCCUCACCCAUCCAACGAGUCGCUAUACCAAUUGCACUACAGAAUCGAGAUCUCAUCGGUGUUGCCGUCACCGGUUCCGGUAAAACUGCAGCAUUCCUCCUACCACUCCUUGUCUAUAUUUCUGCUCUCCCUCGACUAGACGAGUUUGAAUGGCGACGAAAUGACGGGCCCUACGCCAUCAUCCUAGCGCCAACCCGUGAACUUGCGCAGCAAAUCGAAAUCGAAGCAAUGAAAUUUGCAGCGCCACUCAAUUUUAACGUCGUCAGUAUCGUUGGUGGUCACUCGCUUGAAGAACAGGCAUACAACCUACGUAACGGAGCUGAAAUCAUUAUUGCCACUCCGGGUCGACUGGUCGACUGUAUUGAGAGGCGAAUGCUUGUCCUCAGUCAAUGCUGCUAUGUCAUCAUGGACGAAGCAGAUAGGAUGAUAGAUCUAGGGUUCGAAGAGCCUGUCAACAAAAUCCUUGAUGCUCUCCCAAUGACAAACGAGAAGCCGGAUACUGAAGAGGCAGAGAACGCACAAGCAAUGAGCCAACAUAUUAGCGGCAAGGACCGAUACAGACAGACAAUGAUGUACACAGCCACUAUGCCUUCAGCCGUUGAAAGGAUAGCGAGAAAGUACCUGCGGCGCCCUGCAAUUGUUACCAUAGGUAAUAUCGGCGAAGCAGUUGAUACCGUAGAGCAAUGCGUCGAGUUCGUCUCAGGAGAAGAUAAACGUAAGAAACGGCUUGCCGAAAUUCUUACGUCCCGCGACUAUCGUCCACCAAUCAUCGUAUUUGUCAAUAUCAAGCGAAACUGUGAUGCUGUUGCAAGGGAUAUUAAACACAUGGGCUUCUCGGCGGUCACAUUGCAUGGUUCUAAGACUCAGGAACAAAGAGAAGCAGCCCUUGCAUCUGUCCGUAACGGGUCGACGGAUGUGUUGGUUGCCACAGAUCUUGCUGGUCGUGGUAUCGAUGUACCCGACGUUAGUUUGGUGGUUAACUUCAAUAUGGCGACCAAUAUUGAGAGUUAUACCCAUCGUGUUGGAAGAACUGGUCGUGCCGGGAAGAGUGGUGUUGCUAUUACCUUCCUGGGCAGCGAGGAUAACGACGUUCUAUACGACCUUAAGCAAAUGUUGAUGAAAUCCUCUAUAUCUCGAGUACCAGAGGAGUUACGCAAACACGAAGCCGCCCAGUCCAAGCCAGUCAGGGGAAUGGGCGCAGCUGGUCAGAAAAAGAUCGAAGAAAGUACUGGGUUUGCAGGCAAGGGCGGCGGCAAUGGAUGGUAA